AUGUACUUUCUUCCACCUGAAAAUCAAUUAGAUAUACUUAAAUGUUUCAAUUGGGGUCAAUUAUUAAAUAUGCAACAAACUAAUAAAUUUUAUAAAAAAUUUAUUAAGCAAUAUGAGAAUGAUUUGGCACUAAAAAAAUUUCAUAAACUCGAAAUUUUCACUAUCGAUGAGUUGUCUUUAACUAAAUUUAAAUUCAGUAAACCGGAUCCUAAAUUUUACGAACUUCAAUUGACUGAACAUCAAGAGAAAACGUGGAAAUAUAUAAUAGAUAAUUCAAUUCCAAUGUUUUUAAAAGAUGAUGAUACAAAUGUAUUUCUUGUUAUUUCUGUAAUGGAACAUGAUGGUGACUUUAAAGCUCAAGGUGAAACUUAUUAA